UACCGCGAACCAAACAGAGUAGAAAACACCAGAAAGGAGAAGAAAAAACAGAGAGAACUUAUUCCAAUUGAUUCCAACAUUCUAGAAUGGAAAACGAUAAGAAGGCUUUAAAUGGAUGGAACAACAUUGAUAUACUUCUCGAACUGUUCGUUCUCUUGCUGUUCUACGUCCACGCAACCAGGUUCAAUGGAAAAGGAAGAGAAUCAAAUUAACCCUCCACAAACUAAUUCAAAAUGUUCUACACAAUGGAGGCCUGUUCAUGCCUGGUUAGAGAAAUUGAAUAAGAGAGAGGUGGUUAAAUCCACUGAAAUUUCGGAUUGGCUGUGUAAGAACCCUGAAGUUAAAGAAGAUCUGUAUUCAAGAUAUUCUCGUUGUCACUUGAUGCAUUACAUCCAAAAAUGCCACAAUAGAAUUCUAAAGAGGCAAGCGAAGGGGAAGGGUGUGCACCAUCCCAAUGUAACUUCUCCAAUGAAAGUUAAUGACAAUGGGCCCAAAAAACUGCCUGUUCCACCUCAAGGUGUCUCUUCAAGCAAUAUACCAAGAGACAAUAACUUAGCAAGACGAAAUGAAGCUUUUCGCAAAUUCUUACUUUUAACAGAGUUGGAGAGCCGCCUGUCCAUAGUCCUCUCUAAAUCUAAGCAAGCUAAGGGCUUGGAGGAUUUUAGUUUGUCAUCCUCACAUGGAAAAAUGGCUGAAAAUAUCAAACAUGAUAAAUCAUCUGACCUGGAUGAUGAGGAAGGAAGAACCAGCUUUAUGUCUGGGGGUGCUCCAGAUAAAGGUGCUGCUACCAAUCAAGAUAUAGGGUUGGAUAAUCAUUAGACUCAAAAGGCAUGGUAAGAGUUCUGUCUCCUUGAUGGCUUCAUGGUCAUCUUCUACAGCAUCAAGGGUGGCCAGCUCUUCCUGCCUGGUGGUAUUUGUGAGACACUUCUGUAGGAUUAAGUCAGUCAAACCAUUUUGUCUAUUAUCUUGGUAUGGUUGGAAAACUCAGUUUGCUUAUUUCCAGAAUUAGCUUCUUGUUAGGCAGCUUUUCCUUAUAGAAGGUGCCUGACAUGUGAUGCUUUCUCUAUUUUGUCAGUUAUCUUAGUAUACCGUGGCAGAAAAGAGUUUUUUUUUGUGUUUUCUCAACCAUUUUAUAUUUCAAAUAUCUUGUAGUGACA